CGCAUGCCGAUGCUGCAGUGGUAAACAAUCGUGCGUCGCGAGAAAUCCGCAAAGGCGAAAAGAAUUUCUAUCGAAAUAACAGUCGGCGAUUCGUGCGGCCAACUGACACCGUAUGCCUGUCGCACUGGCAGAUCGACGCCCUGGUGCCGAUUGACCACCACUGCCUGCCCGAAGCAUUGCCUUUUUUGGGUUGAUCGUGAUACAUUAAAAAUUAUAUAUAUCCAGUUUUGCGUGUGUGCGGCUGCAAAAUUUUUGACCGGCGGUGCGCGCAUUUGCAUUUCCGACGGUGACACGGCGUGUGUGUUUACGGGUUACGGUCUCGGUUUGUGAUAACGUGCAAAAGUAAAAGAAAAGGGCUUUGAAGAAAGUGAGUGCACGUGUUUUGAACUUAAGAAAAAGUGCCUAAAGUGUGGAGCGCACAGGUGGAUUGUUGUGUAGCCGGUUGUUUUUUUUACAAGUAGGCCAGUGUGUCCGUGCGUGCGUCUGUGUGUGUGUGUGUGUGUGCGGUGUAAAGGAAGAUGUCGUUUCGUGUGGUGAGAAGCUCCAAGUUCCGGCACGUGUUCGGCCAGGCGCUGAAGCGCGAACAGUGCUACGACAAUAUACGCGUGUCGAAGAGCAGCUGGGACUCGACGUUCUGCGCGGUCAAUCCGAAGUUUCUGGCCAUCAUCGUCGAGUCGGCGGGCGGCGGUGCCUUCAUCGUACUUCCACACAAUAAGGUCGGACGAAUCGCGGCGGACCAUGCACUGGUCGGUGGGCACAAGGGCCCCGUGCUGGAUAUUGCCUGGUGCCCGCACAACGACAAUGUCAUCGCAUCUGGGUCGGAAGAUUGCGUCGUGAAGGUAUGGCAAAUUCCAGACGGUGGACUGUCCCGAACGCUCACCGAGCCGGUGGUCGAUCUGGUGUACCAUCAGCGCCGCGUCGGCCUGGUACUGUGGCACCCGUCCGCCCUGAACGUGCUGCUGACCGCCGGCUCGGACAAUCUGAUCGUGGUGUGGAACGUCGGUACGGGCGAGGUGCUGGUGCGGAUCGACUGCCAUCCGGACACGAUCUACAGCGCCUGCUGGAACUGGGACGGUUCGCAGCUGGUGACGACGUGCAAGGACAAGAAGAUCCGCAUCCUGAACCCGCGCAACGGCGAGGUGCUGAACGAGGCGCUGGCCCACGAAGGCUCUAAAGCGACCCGGGCCAUCUUCCUGCGGCACGGGCUCAUCUUUACCACCGGCUUUAACCGGUCGUCCGAGCGGCAGUACUCGCUGCGCGCCCCGGACGCACUGGGCGACCCGAUCGUGAUGGUCGACCUCGACACGUCCAACGGCGUGAUGUUUCCGCUGUACGAUCCGGACACGAACCUGAUCUACCUGUGCGGCAAGGGCGACUCGGUCAUCCGGUACUUCGAGGUGACGCCCGAGCACCCGUACGUCCACUACAUUAGCCAGUUCCAGACGCCGGACUCGCAGCGCGCCAUCGGCAUGAUGCCGAAGCGGGGCUGCGACGUGAGCACGUGCGAGGUCGCCCGCUUCUACCGGCUGAACAACGGGGGGCUGUGCCAGGUGAUCUCGAUGACGGUGCCGCGCAAGAGCGAACUGUUCCAGGAGGAUCUCUACCCGGACACGCUCGCCGACGAGGCGUCCAUCUCCGCCGAAGACUGGAUCAGUGGGGCCGAUGCCGAUCCGCAGCUUAUCUCGCUGAAGGAUCGCGUCUUUCUCGUGCAGGGUGGCUACGUGUCCCAGGCCCAGAGCACCACGCUCACCGUCACGAAGAAGUCGAACGUGCUGGACAAGAUGGCACCGAAGAGCGGUGGCCCGAAGACGCUGUCCGCAUCGACCGGCGGUUCGGCCGGUGCGUCCGCCAACGGUUCGCCGGUGACGGUCAACAAUGGAACGUCGGGUGGCGGCGGUGGAAGCACAUCGCCCGCCAACGGCACACAGCAGAUCACAAUCGGUGGCGUUUCGGAGCAACAGUUUGGCGAGCUGAGGACAAAGUUCGAGGAAGAGUUCCGCAAGCUGAAGGCAAUCAUCGUGAAGCACGAGAACCGGAUCCGCUCGCUGGAGGCAACGGUCAAAGCGAUGACCGACCGGGGGCUGACCGAGGUGGACGGUGCCGGGCUCGCCGCACCUGCCGCCACGACGGACACCUCGUCCUCUCCAGCACCCUCCUCGUUGCCACCCACGUCCGACGAGACUACUGCGCAGCAGCAGCAGGUCGCGGCAGCAGGUGACGGUGGCGGCAACUACCGCAAUUCUACCCUCGAGCCGGACGAAGUCUAAGAAGGCAGUUGAGUAGGGGAAGAAGAAGAAGGAUGAACGGACGGACAUGGUCAUCAGCGCAAAGUUGACGCAUUAGUGACGGCACUGAGCUUCCGUACUUUUUGUUUUUUUUUUUUGUACUAGAAUGGGUACUCCCACCCACCCAUCAGCCUUUCAAUGCUGCGGCCACGGGAAGGGAAUGUGGUGUACGUGGAAAUUGUAAGAGAGAGAAAAAAAAAUGCGCAACAAAUCGCCAACACAUUGCAUCGUUUGUGUGUCCUAUUGCUGUUGUGCGGUGCAGCACAACGAGGAGGAGGAGGAUGCAGAAGAAGAAGAAGAAGAAAGAAGAAAACAAAACAAAUGCCUUGAAUAUGGAUUUAACAUACAAACAAAACAAACAAAAAAACUAUAUAGGAACCAUGCUUAAAGCAGCUGCGAUAAGGAAAAGGGGAGAGAUUUUGUAUUUGUAAACGUAUGUUUUUUAUACAUAUACACAGCUCCAUACUACAAUUACUAACCGAUUUUGCCUAUCGCCACAGAGCGUUUCCCUUAUCCUUCCCAUUGUUGCAAAACCCUCUCGUCGAUAUCACUCUCCCUCGCUCUCUAUCUCUCUCUCUCUCUCUCUCUGUGUACGCGUAGUAGUUAAGGGCGAAAAAAAACGAAAACAAAAAUCAGCUCCCUCUCGCCCACACUCUCGUCGGUAUUGGGAGAUAGUGGGGGGAAAAGGAACCUUUAUAACAGUACACAUAUUGUGCGUAUAUAUUAUUGCCGACAUUAGCCGAAAUGGAAUGGAACACACGCAACAAAGCAUCAAAAAAGGCGCACACAGGUCGGUAGUUUGUGGCUAUCUGCAAAGGAACCGAACACCAAACACCAAACACGAACGGGAGCGGGAAAACCUUCCCAGGGGGAGAGAGAGAGAGAUAGUGCGCAACAAACAGCAUCUCUUUAGCGCAUCAUAUAACUACACCGACGGAGAGGAGAAGGGGAUAGGAUAAAGGGAACGAUAGCUUUCGAACUGAACAGAAUGGACGAAAAACAUCAAACAUCAACAUAUUAACACUAAACAUGGAAACAGAAUAAAUAAAAAAAGAAAAAAGGGAAGGAAAGGAACGAGAACACACAAACAUAAAAAAAAACACAUUUACAAACACACACAAACAAGUAGUAGUGGGAUAGUCGCGCGAAUCGAAUUAAUACUUAUUAUUAAAUUAAUUCUUAUUACUUGUUUUUAUGAUUAGAUAAAUCAAAACAAAGAUAGAAGAGAACGAGAGAAAGAGAGAGAAAGAGAUAGAAAGGGAACCGAGAACGAAACAAAGCAGAAAGAUAACGGAUGAACAAAGCAAAACAAAAAAAAAAGAAAGAGAAAAACUUACGCGAGCAAAAACGAUUGUAGUUGGACGGAUGAUGAAGCGGAAAACCACGUACAGAAAAACAAAGGUGUAUUAAGUAUUUUAAGAUGAGAGAGCAUUGGGUGUGUUUUUUUUACUUCGCUUUCUUUGCUUGAGGUAUGGAAGAAUGGAUGAGAAAAAACCGAAAUCAACAGAGUGAAGAAGCUUGGUAAGUAAGUUUGAGCAAAUAGUUUCGGAUGCAAUAAAUAACAUAGGGUUGACGACCAUGUCAAUAAACAACCUGUGGAAUAUCCAUCACAGCCUACUACGUUCACCUUACAGGGUUUCCCAGGAGCUCCUAGCUGUGGGACACUAAUUAGACUCUUUCCUACAUGAUAUGAACUUAAUAUAAUGGGAAUUGGACUCUAUAGCACCCUUGUUGGACACACCCAAUUGGAAUUUCCAAGGAGCCAGUCCAAUUCCAUCAUAUAAAGUUCACUUCCAAUAGGAAAGAGUCAAGGAAUGAGUGUCCCACAACUAUAAAAAUCGCUGGAAAACGCUGUAGUGCUGCUGUGUUGAAUAUUCACAGGAGACAAUUGCACGUGGACAGUUGUUUAUUGACCUGGUAAAACCCUGUAAUGAAGCACAUACACACCUUCUAAAUAUGUUUUAAUAGAUUUAGAUGUAUAAUAUGUAUUCUCUUGUAAUCAUUGUUGUGACACAACACCUUAUUUCUCUCCUUAAAUCUUUUUUUUUUGUCUAUCCGUAUAUUUUGCUCUACAACACCACCUUUACCGCUAAACCUCUGCUAAAGCUUCUCUGACGUGCGUGUCUUGCUCCUUCUGUUCUGUAUUGAACAUCACAGUGCAUCGUCAGCUCUACAACCAAAAAGAAAAAUCGCUACGCAGUUUCGUUUCGUCUAAUUUUUCCUCUACUCCUUCGCAAGGGUUUUGGUGCGCUCUGCUCUGUCUAAUGAUUCGAAAUAUUGUAUAAUGUACGCUCUCUCUUUCGUUCCGUCGCACUCUUUCUGCCCUUCCUAGAAUCACACCUUGUAUUCGGUCACUUUCUCUAAGGUAGGUGCUAUUCUUUCUGCGAGUAAUUUUUAUUACAGCUUCCGGUUGGAUUGGUUAGAAAGAGUUUGUUUAAGUAACUGUGCCCUCUCUUCCUUCUCUCGAGGCGCUGCUGGAUCAGGCAGACAGAGCCCCCCUCCUGUUAUUAUCGCUUUUUUGUUGUUGUGUACAGAAGAGCGAGUUUCUGUUCGACUGUUCGUCGUUCAAGUAAAGCUUUUCAGUAGUGAGUUUUUGUGUGGUUUUUGCAAGAGAUUUGUGUACUUUUACUUCUUCUGCUUUCUCUUUCUUCUUCUUCUCUCGUUGAGAAGCAUUGUCUUACGCUGGAACGGGAUUUUUUCAUUUCUUAGUGUAUCUGCUAAACGAAGCGUUGUUCUAUGUGGGGGGCAAACCACCUACACCAUCAUACAAUCCGCGUGCUGCGAUCGUGGUUUAGCGAUUUCUUAGAACAUAAAUAGUACAAUGAUGCUGAGCACGGAUGAGUAGUGUUGAGCCGUUAGUAAGCUGCUAACAAGUGCCCAAUCUUCUUGAGCAUGGCAACAGCACUACAUGCCCACUACUUCUUUUUUUUCUUCUUUUUGUUUCUUGCAAAUUUAUAAACGUUUUUAUUAGGCUUGAAAAAAAAACGUAGUAGGGAGAAAUGAUGUUUGGGCACAGUGAUUCUGCAUGCACCAUAGCUAGCAAAAGCAAAGGGUAUAUUUUACUAGCUUUGCUUGCUUACCAAAAACAUAAUUCAAAACUACGCAAUUUUAGGAAACAAAAUGAUCAUAUAAAAAAUGUGAGCAGAGAGGAGGAAAAGAGACACGACGACGAUCAACCAUCGAUAAUGGAGGGGAGGAUGUAGAAGGAUGAUUAGGGAGUAUUAUACGGGUACACUUCCAUGGGAAGGAAGGGGGAGAAUUGGUAGAAAUUGAGGAUGAGACUUCUGUUGAUAUACUAAUACACAAAUAUAACCUAUGCUCCUAUGCUCCUGGACAUGGUUUUGUCCUUUUGACCUUUUUCUGCUUAUUUAACACUCCUGCUGCUGCUGCUGCUGCUUUUGCCCUAACACGCUAUCACUUUUGCGCUGAAUUUCCCUAACAUAAUCCUAUACUGUUCUGGUAUCUUUGUAUCGUAUUUUUCCCUAUUUGUUUACUCUCUCAUACACACUCACACACACACACACAUACUCAUUCACAUUCAAUCGCACAUUCGCUAAUUAUACGUUUAUUACUUUAAAAAAACAGGAUGAAAAAUUGUCUGCAUUGUUUGGUUUUUUACUUCCCUUUCUAAGAUUAAUUCUGACACACACACACAUUUGAUUUUGGAAAGGUGAGAAUGCCUUUUUUUACAAUUACAGUGUGACGCACGCUUUGUAUGAUGAUUGUUUGUUAAAACAAAGGGAAGCAAAUUAAGUUAGUAAAGUAAAAUCGGAAAGGAUAACACAACAAUUAUUGCAAUCGCCACGGGUACUCAACUUUAUCUUUUCAUACAUAUUAUAGCACCUUUCUGUUUCUGUAAGUGGUUGCUCCUUUCUUUGAACAGUUUGUUGAACACCAAUCAAACAAUUUGAAAUUUGAUUUCCUAUUUAAUAGUAAAAGAGUUGCUGCUGUUGUGCCUCAGUGCGCCAGCAACGGCAGCAUCUCGUAAUUGAAAAAUCUAACUAAAUCAGUUGAACUACACACACCUUUUCUUUAAAUACACACACACACACACUCACACAUACACAUUCGCGUAAACAUACAUACACAUCAUAGCCAACACAUUCGUACAUGAGGUUUUUUUUCUUCUAAUAAGUGAUUUUGUAACUAAAUAGUCAAUAUAGUGCACCCUCACACAGGUUGUAUGGGUGAGACUAAUAUAAGAUAAAGAGAGAGAGAGAGAGAGAGAGAGAGAGAUAGGAAAGGAAUAACAGAAAACUACGACAGAUUACAAGCUAACAACUACUACCACCAGCUGCUGGUUUUUGGUUUUUGGCCCGUUUUUGUUUUGUUUUGUUUUUUUAUGAUCAAUUGCAAAAAUACAGUCCCUACUAUUCCCUACCGUAGAGCUUUUCCCUUCCUUU